AAUCCACCCCAACGACCAGCAGUCCGCACCUCAAACUAACAUGGCGCUAACGGCAUAUUGUUAUGGCCGCAAUUUGUACGGUAUCAGUAUCUACGUAAACAUCGUGAAGGCAAGAAUCGAGACAAGAAUUACAACCGACCAUCAAUUAUCCCCAGUAGUCACCAAUAAUAAUUAAAAAUGGAUGUACGUGGCAUAGAAGUGACGAAUCAACUCCGGAGUGCGAUACGUGCGAAGCUUCUGGAAUUGGGAGUGCGCUACGACGAGGAACUACCAGACUACAUUCUGGUAAUGGUAGUCAACAAAAAAACCCGUCAGCAGAUGCACGAGGAUCUCAACUUAUUUCUCGAGAAUAAUACAACACCGUUCGUCGAUUGGUUGCACGAUCAGGUGCUGAAGAAGCUCCAAAAGGUAACGAUUGCGAAGAAAAAACCUCCUAGGGAAUUUCUGCCAGCGGUAAUCGUCAAACAAGAGGAGGAGAGGAAAAAAAAGCGAAGCACAACUCAACCAGAGGAGGAGAUCUCCACCAAGGACGAAACCCUGAUUGAGAAAUCGCCAGUCAAAGCUGCUCAGAAUCGUGUGGAGGUCAGUACAAAUUCCCAGAGCGACUCUAGUGAAGUUGAUAAAUCAUCCUCGUGGCCCCUGUCACCACCACUGCCACCACAAUCCCAGCAACAGCCUGUCAGCAAAUCACUGACAGAAGAUGACUCUGCCCAGGAAUUAGAGACGUGUGGAAAGCAAUCAGUGGGCUCUAGUGCCAAACGAAUUCCUGACAGAGACAACACUCCUGAGAGGCCUGCAAAGCGACUGAAACCAACGGACGUACCCAGAAGCACAUCAAAACAGUCAGAAGAAACAGAAUCAGAAGACAAACGCAUUAAAUCGUGUGUUAAUAAACCGAGAAUUACGUCUGUCGUGUCUGUAAAAACGAGGUUAGGUUUGACAUCGCCGAGAAAAAAGUUUCUAGUUCACAAGGAGAGAGCUGACGAUCCUGUCUACGAUUAUCGUAGGAAGGACACGAGGUUCGAGAAGAGGCCACAUGAUACGAUAAACCGGAGGAAUGUGUCCAGGGGAAGAAGCUUCGAGGAUGACGUGGGGAGAGGCAGUCGUGAAGAACCGAUCAAUCGUCCCUCUUUCCCCAACAGUAAAAGCAGGAUUCUGGGGGGAAGAGACCUGGGGGAAAAGAGUGGGUUCACUGUCAAAUCGAAAGUUGAAGGAUCCACGGGGACUAUCAAGGAUCGAUUGGGACAGUUGUCCAAAUUGAGGAUCAAAGAUUCCCAAGAAGAUAUUGACCGGAGUUACAGAAACCGAAUUGGGACUGUCACGAGCAAAUUCAGGGCUCUGGGGAGGCUGGGGGUCCCGAGAAUAAAUAAAAAUGAUCAAGGGUAUGACGAAGAUGGGGAAAUUGAUGAGGAGGACACAGUGGUGCCCGUUAAAUCUCACAUAAUUGCUGUUAAUAAUCCUGUUGGAGACAGGGAGAGGAUGGACAGGUGGGGCUCGAGGAAAAUUAAAAGACUGGAGAACCAGGAAGAGAUGGAGGAGGAGAAUGAUGAGGGGAAGACACUGGCUAGCAAGAUUAUCGUCACUCCUAGACCGCUGAAGCCACUACAGCCAGUUCAGAAGAGGGCAACGCAGUCGCUGUUGCUGCGAGCAGUGGCUGAAGCCAAUCAAUCAGUGGUGAAGCAAAAAAAUCCAGAACCUAUUUCGAAGGAAAAAAUGGCAAUAGUCAAACCACUGAGAUCAACCCGUACAAGAGAAAUAGCUAAGAAUUUGUCAGUGCAUCUGAAUGCCACUAAACGUUUAGUCAUGGAAAAAAUACAAGUGGAACUCACCAACCUCGACACCGGGGUUAAUAAUGAUCCAGAGCCCUACGUUCCAAGAUCGGUUACUGAGGAACAAAUGGGUGUUGUCAUGUCUCUGUUCCAAAGAGGCGAUGACAAUCAAAAAUUUCUAGUCACAUUGAACGGAUACAACAACAACGAUAUGAAGGAGAAGGGCCCGUCAGACGAGGAGGAAGGGUUAGAGAUGGAGGUCAAUGAGGACGAUGAGUUGGGGCUCUCUAACUCUCCGAACGAGUCAUCGCCUCGGGAGUUUCAUACGAUGGAGGUCGAGGAGCUCGACACAUCCGGAAAAAAUGAAGAAACGGAGAAUAAUGAGAAUAAUUAUCUUGAUAAUGUGCCAGCUAAUACAGCUAUGAAGAGAAGAAAAUUGAGUCCCAUAAUCUACACUAGGUCCCCGAGCCCUGUAGAAGAUACAGGAAUUUCGCCUAGUGCAGCAGGUCUGGAGAAGCGGCCGCCUGUUGCCCCAGUCAUAAUCAGCGACACAUCCAGAGAGAAGUGCCGAUACUGGCCCAACUGUACACUGGGGAAAAAAUGCGCGUAUUUGCAUCCGGCUGUUCCCUGCAGUGCAUUUCCAACGUGCAAAUUCGGCGACAAAUGUGCGUACAAACAUCCGAAGUGCAAAUUUGGAUUGUCAUGUACUAAAUUGGGCUGCGUAUUUUCACACACAUCCCAGCAGUGCAAGUACCAUCCGUACUGUACAAAACAUGGAUGUCCGUAUCUGCAUCCACCGGUGCAGUCAAAUACACCAGCCAAUCCCACGAGGGCUAAAUUCACAUGGCGUAGAAGGGACUGAGUUCAAUUAUUACCAUUGCAUCUAUUAAUUGGCAUUUACAAUCAACGAGGAUAAAGGUCUACAAAAAUAAAAAAUCUAGGGAUGAAGUCACCCUUGAAAGCCGGGUAAUCAGAAAAGAUGAAAAAAUAUUCGUACUUGUUCUGAUCUCCCUGGAGUCAACAUAAAAU